AUGGCCACCGAGGAGUCCAGGCUAUUUGAUCAGUGUUGUCUUUGCAUCAUUUGCUCCACUGACCUCCCAAGAGAAGCCGCCGAGCAGCUCGCGACAACACUCGAGCAAAAUGGUGGCGAGCCACUGAUAGUGCAGCCCGGGGCCGAGGUACCUGACGUGGGCAAGUUCAGUCACUUGAUCUCUGCCACCAUCGACUUCGAAGCCUACGAUACCACGUGCGAUGCCUUGAUCCCCGUUGUGAAGCCACAAUGGGUCAACGCCUCGCUGUCCAAGAGGAAACUAGUGAACCCCCGCCAAUAUAGCCCAGACCCCCGGCUGUUUAUGAACGACAUCGUGGUCACCUGUGGUGAUAUCCCGGGGGGAGACAAGGAUGCCAUCAUCGGUGGUGUGAUCGCGAAAGGCGGGCUAUACUCGUCGCGAGUCUCUCAGAUGGUGACCCACUUGGUCGACCUCACCGCUGAUUCAGACAAAGCACGGGUGGUCCAGACAAAGAACCUGAACGUGAAGAUUGUGCUACCGCAUUGGUUUGAUGAUUGCCUGAAACUGGGUCGGCGCAUCGACGAGCGCCCAUACAUGCUCCCAGAUCCCGAGAUCCUGCGGGAAGGACCUGAUACGCCAAUCCGACUACGCCAGAAUAAGGAUCUGGUUGGCGCAUCCACGACAGAUCCGGCCAACCUGCCGACCCCGCAUAGUUCGGAUCGACGAAGUGUAUUUCAGGGAAAGUCUAUUAUGUUAUCUCCUGAUCUUGGCAUUGGCUCGCACCUACAGGAGUCAAUCCAAUCAGUUUUGGAGCAAGGCGGCGGCAAAAUGACAUCAAAUUUCGAUAGCGCGGAUAUGUUGAUCUGCCGGUACCGAGAGGGCUUUGCAUACCGGACAGCGUCCCGACUCAACAUCGAUGUCGGAAAUCUCGCAUGGCUGUACCGACUCAUGACAUUUAACACAUACACUUCACCCCUCCGGCGUCUACUACACUACCCAGUCGCUCGGACUGGCAUCCCUGGAUUCGAGGGCCUGAAGAUCAGUUUGUCGAACUAUGUUGGUGAAGCGAGACUUUACUUGGAGAACCUGAUCGCGGCAUCGGGUGCAGAAUGUACAAAGACAUUGAAACAAGAGAACACACAUUUAAUCACAGCCCAUGGAAACAGCGAAAAAUGCACCGCCGCGAAGGAAUGGGGGUUGGAAGUCGUGAACCAUCUGUGGCUGGAAGACAGCUACGCCAAGUGGAAACUCCAACCCGCCUCUGAUCCUCGCUACAGCCACUUCCCGCUGCGAACGAAUCUCGGGGAAGUCGCAGGCCAGACGCGUCUCGACCGAACCGUUCUGGAACAAGUCUUUUUUGCAUCCGAUGCUGCUCGAAGUCCCACUCGUCAAGCGCAAGGCAAAAACCAGGUUGUCGUUGCCGUCCAGCCCCCAGAGAAGAAACGAAAGAUCGAGGAAGACGCCCCAAGGGCUUCACAUGGUACUCCACAGGGUAACGGCAAGACCAGUCGACCAGCUCAAACUCCCGCGCGGUCUCGAAUCAUGUCUGAGGGCAAAGAAAAUGAGACUCCUUCUUCGACCAGCAGUCGCAAGUCAAAGGACGCCGCAACCGCACGGCUACAUGAAUACGCCCCUGAUCUGGCUUUGUAUGAAAAGGAACGAAAGCGCGUUGGUGGUGUCAUCUACGGCGGCAGACGCAAAUCAGACGAAGACCGUGUUCAAGCAAAGAAAAGAGUCUCUCCCGAGCCCGAGGCCGAGCCUGAGAACGAAAGCGAUGGUGAACAAGUCGUGGAGACAAAGCGACAGAAAAAAUCUCGCCCUCCUAUCGCCAUGCAUCUCCUGAUUACUGGCUAUCAAAAGUGGGUAGGCAAAGGCAACGAGAAGAAGGAGGAUGCAGACAAGCGAGCCCUUCGAGACCUCGGCAUUAUGGUGGUCCAGGAUGCCAAACGAAGUACUCAUGUUGCUGCACCUUCCAUCCUGCGAACCACCAAAUUCGUCAAUGCUCUAGCAUACGGGUCCACCAUCGUGAGCACGGAUUUCAUUACCGCCUGUCUCAAGGCCGACGAGUUACUCAAUCCCGCGGACUUCCCUCUGGAAGACAAGGAAGCCGAGGAGAGAUACAAGUUCAAGCUUGAUUCUGUCACCGCAAACGCAAAGAAGAACAAGAACAAGAUGUUGCAGGGGUAUCGCAUUUAUUGCGUUGAAGACAUUCGAGGUGGAUUCGACGCAUUCAAAUCCAUCGUUGAGGCAAAUGGUGGCGAGUGUCUACUCUUCCGCGGUCGCCUUACGCUGGCGAAUAAUUCCCGACGGGAGGAGAGCGAUGACGAAGAAAGUGAACCAGAGGAUGACCAUCCCGCGCGACGAGAGUUGUUCCUUCUGAGUAGUGCUUCGACGAAGCACAGCCGAGCUUGGCCUCGAUUCCGCCAGUCGGUUCUGGAUAUCAAGAAGACCCCACGGAUUGUUCGUGUUGACUGGCUUCUCGACAUGGCCAUGUCGCAAUCGACCCGUGCCGCUGACGAGUACGAGUUGACCGAGGAUAUGAUUGCGGAUAUGGAGGAGUAG